AUGGACGAUGCUCUGACCGAAAUCGCUCCCCGGGAGGAACCUAAACGCCGGAUCCAAGCACCGAUACCCACCGUAGAUCGAGAAGAGAAACUAUGGGUGGUCGGCUUUGACGGAUCCGCUCGAGUUAAGCGUGGUGGGGGCGCGUUCAGCGCGAUCGUGUGGAGUCUGCCCGGAUGGGAAGUGGUCAAGGCCAGAUCGGGCUAUCUCGAUAGCCUCACCGUGAACGAAGCAGAAUAUAACGGCCUGAUCCUGGGACUCGACAUGCUAGAGGACCUGGAUCGCAGACGCUUGGUGCGGAAGGCCCUCGAUCAUCUGAGGAAAUGGAGUGAUCAUGAGUUGGUGCAUGUCAAGAGGGACUGGAACGGAAGUGCCGACAGUCUAGCGAGCGCCGCUUUGCAACGACAAGGCGGGAUCGAGGUCCAGGAGAUGCCCGGGUACAAGGAUCUGGUCACUCUGAACCGGUUAGACGAAAUCUUGAUUCCCAAGACCGAGAAUCCAGUGGUGCGAGUUGCAGCAGUUACCACUCGAGCUGGUCGAGUAAGACCACCUGCAGGUGUCAUGCAAGAGGAUCUGAUCCUGGAGAUCCGGGUCGAUCGGAUCAAAGAGGCCCAGGAGGAAGAAGUCUGGAUCGCCGGCAUGAAGAAGUAUCUGAGUGGCCCGAUCGCAGACCUCACACAAGCGGAAGCGAGAUCGUAUGGCAAGAUCGCGGCCGACUACGAGUUAGACGAGCAGGAUCUACUAUUUUACUGUCCUCCCACGCCGAGAUCGGGGGACGAUCGCGACCGAUUGCUGAGAUUGGUAGUUCCCGAAACGCUGCAAUCGGACGUCUUACAUCACUAUCACACCACGUUGGAAGGAGGACAUCAGGGAGUGGGACGCACCUACCAGCGGAUCAGGGAUCACUUCCACUGGAGAGGAUUAUAUCGGAGUGUUCAGCGAUACGUGGGGGAAUGUGUGGACUGCGAAACAGGGAAAGGAAAACCGGUGAUCCGAGGUGAAUCACCGGGGAACUUGCAGGCGACGUACCCGUUCCAGAUCGUUGCGAUGGAUCACAUACCGUCGCUACCCAGAUACCACAAGGGAAACACUGAGUUAUUGAUCUUUGUCGAUCUGUUCACAGGAUAUGUGAUCGCGAAAGCCAGCUCGUCGCCAUCGGCCCAGACGGUUGCGGAAUCGUACGAAGAGUGUGUAUUUCGGCUAUUUGGUGCCACCAACGGGACCGCUGAGAGAAUGGUGCAGACCACGACCAGGGCGCUCAAGAUGUACGUUCGCGAUCUCGAUCAGAAGGAUUGGGACGAAUACGCCGAGCGACUCACCUUCGCGAUCAACACGGCCCACGAUCGGAUCCGAGGAGAUACACCUCACUAUUUGGUACAUGGGUGGGAUCCGAGAUCGACGAUGGAAGCAACACUGCCAGUCGUCUGCACUAGACGGCACGAUCGAGACGCUCGGCGGUGGCGUUAUCGGAUCCAGCGAUAUUAUCAACAGUCCCGAGAGCAAGUCAACGCUAGAUUGAAGGAGGUCAUUGCAGAUCGGGCCGGCCGACACAACGAGGACGUCGGAUCGCACCAGGUCGAGGCCGGAUCUCGUAUCUGGCUAUACCUAGAUCGGGUGAAGGAAGGAUAUGCGCGAAAAUUGGCUCACCUGUGGCAUGGGCCGUUCCGAGUCGCCGAAAAGAUCAACGAGUUCAGCGUCAAGCUCGAGGUCGCGGGUACCGGGUAUCAGAUCUUCCCAGUAGUGCACGUGUCGAAGUUGAAAAUUGUCAAGGAUUUUCCGGAUCGGCCAAGAGUAGAACUUACGGUGGAUUAG